AUGGCAGCUGCAGAGUCUCUAGCUGUAAAUGAGGCUGAUUCCACUUGCAAAGACGGUGAAGAUAGUGGUAGUUGUGCUGCUCGUCCUUCUGCUGCAUCUGGACACGCUGCUAACAGUUGCGAAGAUGGUAGUAGUGGUUGUGCUGCUGCUGGUGGUGCUGCUCGACCCGUUGGUGAACCUGGAAGGCCUGCUUCUGCUCCUGGUGGUGUUGAAGCUUCUGGUGUUCUUGCAGGGCAACCUAGUGGUGGUGUUGGAGAUUGUCCUCCAGGCAAGAAUGGUACUCCGUGUACUCCUGGCGUUAGUGAACCUGACCCUGCUCGUAAGGAUUGUGUGAACCCUCCAUCUGGGGCGGAUAGUUGCCCUACCAAUGUUGAUGAGACUCAAGACAAUUGCGCUACUGGUGGGUCUGGUUGUCAAAACCAAACACAAGAACCGGCUGAUGCGAAACCAAAUGAAAACCGUGUAACUAAUGAAAACGAACAUCGAGGUCCCGAUGGUGCAAGCCGUCCUGUAAGUGAACAGGGAUCUCAUCCUCAUGCAAGACAAGAGGAUCGUCCCAACCCAACUGUUGCUGUUGAUCCUCCUGCUGAAAAAGAGACUCUUGAAACUCAAAAUGGAAACGGUUCACAAGGUGGUGUUUCUUCUCCUGCUGGGGUUACUGGAGGUGCUCCUACCGCUGCCGGUCAAACUGAAAGCAGUGUGGUCAGUGCAACCGAAGAAGGUGGAUCUAAACAGGGAAGUGAAACAGCACAACCUUCUUCUUCUUCCAACAAUUCGGCCACGGGGAGUGAUGUUGGUUCUGGUGCUGCAACACCUGAGAAUGGCACUUCAUCUGCAGGGACUGAGGCAACAAGUAACCAAGAAGGUGCGGGAAAUGCAGACACAGACACCACCACAACAACAACAACACUUCCUCCUGAACUCACAAACAACAAGAAGGGUGAUGCAGACAGCAGCAGCAGUAUCAGCAGUUCGGUGUGGGUGCGUGUACUACUACUGAUUGUGGUUACACUGUCCUGUAUUCUUGUGUGCUGA